UCUCCACGUGUUUUGAAGUCGUUCAAGACCGACGGACAUCAAGACUAACCGAGAGUUCGACAUGGUUGCUGCCAUCUGACAACAGUCAAUGUCUUAUCUUUGAGGCCGAAACUAAAGUAGCACGCAUGGAGAGGCUUCUCAAAAUCAUAGCGACCGAGCUGCUCAUAGCCAACGCCCCCAACCCAAAUAUAGUGUAGUUGAACGAAGACUGGUCCCAAUGUAAUUGUUGUAUGCACGAUAGAUUGUUGCGAACCGAUAAGUAUUCUGAAUCGCGCGGACCUACCGGCGUAUUACCUCCGCAAGACGAAGAUGCGUGAAUCCUUCGCUUCGUUGGGUUAGAGGUCCGUACCCAUCCGUCCCGUAUCGUAUAACCCUCCAAUCUUUGCUUGACACCAAACGAGAAAUGCCAGAAAGUCCGAAAAAGAAGCAAUACGCACCCAAUCACUUUUGCGCGCCCAACACCAGUAUCUAACCCCGGCGAUCUCCCCCUAAAUGUAUGGCAUCGCCCGCUCAGACCCAGCUUUAUCUCGUUAUGAACUAAUGCUCAUUAAAAGCGGAGAUUAGAAGCCCCGCGUUCUUGGUAGGUUUGCGAAACCUCAUGAUCUUUAACUUCCACAUUGCUUUUUGCUCUCCUGCCGAACUAUGUUCAAGCUAGUUCUUCGAGAUGAACGAGGACAGGACAAAGCGCUGAUAGCAUCUAUAUGGCUCAUGGCGAUUUUGUCCACGGUCGUGUUGGGUGGUAAAGUCUUCGCAAGGUAUCGAAGAUUCAAGCAAUUGUAUUGGGAUGAUUUCUGGGUUAUAUUUGCUUGGGCAAAUGCGAUUCCACUCGCCGUAGCAAAUCACAUGUCGAUCAACCACGGAAAGUUACUGAGUGUCGGCGAGACCAAUGUCUUUCUUAGUCGACCGAUCGGUCAGUUCUUCUUCUACAAUGCGCUCUGGGCUGUCAAAGUUUCAUUCUUGAUCUUCUUCAAGCGUUUAAUUCCGACCUCAAUGCGCCGCCUGAGGAACUACUGGAUAGUCGCCUUGACCAUUAAUAUCAUGGCUUACAUCGGAGUAUGGGGAGUAAAUCCUUACAAGUGCUGGGCACAGAAGGGGUUGACAUUGUGUGAGCGAGACCCCGGUGUAAUCAAGGGGAGGCCCAUUUCAUUCAGUGUGGCAACUGGCUUGAUUACCUUGACGGACAUCCUUAUACUUGUCAUACCGUUCGUCAUACUUUCAAAUAUCAGACAGCUCCAAAGAAAGAAGAAAGUGAUUCUUUAUGCGCUUUUCUCUUUGGAGGUAAUUACAAUCAUCGUAUCCAUUGUCCGUUGCGUUAUUGGAACCAGAGGCAUGAUAAAGGACAAAGAUUUUCAGUUGAAAUGGCUUGGCUGGUUAGUACACAUUGAAGCGGAAAUUGCCAUCAUCGUUGCAUGCAUAGGCUCUCUGCGCAGCCUCUUCACACACGACGAUUCUACGAGGCGCUCAGCAUACCCUCGCUCGAAUGAACCAUCAUCGCGGGCGAAUAAAAAGAGUUUCCCAUCCCCUCUGUCUACAGCGCGGAUACAGCUCCAAUCAUUCAAAUCGCGAUCUCAAGACCAAAGAGAUUCAAUGGAGCUACCACUAUCGCAGCCCCCUCAACCGCCUCCAAAACAUUCGUCCGAUAUGCCGAAGUAG